AUGAAAAGUGAAUCUACUGGACUGGCAAAGAAGGUAGAAGAACUGAUGGGAGAUUACCCUCGAUUUCUAUUGGCGGAUGCAUUGUACUCUUUGCAAGGAGUACUACUAAAGAAGAGUCAUUAUCGUGAAAGAACUGAGCGAAGUGAGGAAGAGUAUAAGAAUCAUUCGGUCAAAGAGCAGUUUGUGAUGCAUCUUCUGCAUCCAUGGGAAUAG